AUGUUCCUCGCAGAAUUGCUGCUGAGACGGAUCACGGGAGAAAGAGUUCCGGAGAGUCAUAGUAGUAGCGCGGCAAUUGCUAUGCCCAAUUACCAGCGUCCUCCAGUGAGACAGACGGGGUCGAGGUCCAGCACCCCGUUACGAGGGGCGGCAGUGAAUCCAGGGCUUCCCGCCAGACGAUCGGCCGGCAGUUCUGCUGCCCGACGGGUCAGCCAGGGAGAGCAAGGGGAAGCCAUCGUCGCUGCUGCUUUACGGAGCGAGUCUCCGGUCAUGGCGGAGCUGGCUUGUAUGUCUGCAUCCAGCUGUGAG